GGUGGGCCUGAUCAGGCUCUUACCCUCUUAAAUGCCGAUUCUUUUUCCUCACAUUUAUAAAUGGUAGCUAUCAAAUGGAGCUUCACACAUUCACAAAGGCAAUCUCUUGGCCGUUUUCAACUAAUUCAAACACAUGGCAUUCUCGAGCAUCUUUCCAGCAAUGAAGGGGCUGUUUUCUGGCAUAACAAAGGCGGCUUUGUGGUCUAAAGAGACUGCAAUUGAUGUUUUUGGAACUGGGUUUUUUACUAGAGCGAUGAAGCGAGUAGCUUCUGUUAUAUUCACCUGCAUUCUUGCAUUGGGAGGUGCUAUAGUCGGAGUAUUUGUUGGGGCCAUCAAGGGCCAGACCACAGAAACUGGGUUCCUAAAUGGAGCAGGGAUAGGAGCAGUGACAGGGGCCUUUGCAGGCAUUCAUUUACUGGAAUCAGCUGCUGAUUGUGAGUCAUUGUCAAAGACCGCCCUCUUAGGUAGUUUGAUGAGUGGGAAGGUAUUCGUGGAAUGGGUUUGCCCAGCAGUGCUAAAGGCCUAUCAGUGGCAAGUCGGAAACCUUGAAACAAGUUAUCAAGAAGCUUAUGAUAUCUAUGACAUCGGUGGAGUCAAGGGGUUAUCCAACAGCUGCAUUCAAAAGCUUCCAAUUCAUAUAUUUCAUUCUAGCAAGAUGAUCAAAUCAUGUCAUGAUUUCUGCUGCUCAAUUUGCUUGCAGGAUUUCAAGGAUGAAAACUCAGUGAGAGAACUUCCCAAUUGCGGACACCUCUUUCAUGUGGGCUGCAUAGACAAGUGGCUAACCCGACAAGGCACUUGUCCAAUGUGUAGAGAACGUGUGUGAUGACACAAAUGCAUUGUAAAUUAGAGCUUCACCUCACGACCAAAUCAGAAAAGUGAGAAUUUUCAAGCAAUUGUGAAUACAAAUGCAAUAAUUUGUCGGA